AUGCAAAGGCACAGCGGAGACGACGACAUAAAAGUCGCUAUCCUCGCACGUGAUCCUAAAAUACCAACGUGCAAACUCCUCGAGGCUUUUUGGAUAAAAGCCAAAAAUCCUACGAUGAAUAGCAGGGAGGAAUGCCCCAAGAUCAGACGUGAUCUUGCCCCGUACCUUCGUAUCGUUCGUCAAUGUGGGGAGGUGCAGACGUCAACCAUAUGCGACUCUGAGCGGCUGUUCUUCCUCGGUGGAAGUCAGGUGAAAAAAGCAGUGGGUUUCCGAGAAGUCGUUGGUCUUGUAAUCACGGUUGAGAUUUUUCACCAUUCUGUCUGUGCAGUUGAAGCGUUCGACCUAGUAUGUUGCCUUUUAGUGUACCCUUCCAGGCUCUGA